AUGGGAGUAAUUAAUCAACCAAACUCUCAAAUUAGGCUUACCAACGUGUCGUUGGUUCGCAUGAAGAAAGGAAAGAAGAGAUUCGAGAUUGCAUGCUACCAGAAUAAGGUCCAAGAUUGGAGGUCUAAGAUCGAGAAGGAUCUCGAUGAGGUAUUACAAAUACCACAAGUGUUCCAAAAUGUGUCCAAAGGACAAGUUGCCAAUAAUGAGGACUUGAUGGCCAGCUUUGGUACUACCAACCAGGAUGAAAUCAUCUUGGAGAUCUUGACCAAAGGAGAAAUCCAAUUGAAUGAAAAAGAAAGAAACGCCAACUUACAACAGAAGCAGAACGAGUUCUUGAAUAUCAUAUCCACCAAGUGUAUCAACCCCAAGUCUAAGAAGAGAUAUCCACCUUCGAUGCUCCAAAAGGCCUUGGAUCAAUUGAAGUUUCACUUGAACCCCACAAAAUCCACCAAAUUGCAAGCUCUUGAUGCCAUCAAGUUGUUGGUAGAAAAGCAGGUGUUCCCGAUUGCGAGAGCGCAAAUGAAGGUCAAGGUGGUGUUAACAAAAAAGGCCUAUGCCAAGGUGUUCGAGGAGAUCAAAGGAAAUAUCGAUAGUAUCGAAGAUGAAAGCAAAGAUGCAAAAGGUGUCGAAAUCGUUUGCAUCAUCGAUCCUAUCAACUACAGAACAAUUUUGGACGUGUUAGAAGGUGUCGAGGGACAAGGUUCUGUGGAAGUGUUAGACAUGAUGGCCUUGCUGGGCUAA